CCGCCUCAAAGACAACAAAUCGCGCACGGACAAUCCGUCGAGCGUCAAUAUUUUCUCCACUUAACCAUCAUGCCUCGCAGUCAAGGAACAUCGCGUAAGGGCAAGCCAAAGAAGCAUGAGCGGGCCUCGGGUAUGGGACGAGCCCUGCAAAAAUCUCGUGUCAAACGCCACACUCCAUCUGCCAGUUUGGGGGGAAUGGCGCAGCGAGAAGGGGUUGACAGUAUCAACAUGGAACAAGGUGAUCGUGUCAAACAAGCCCUCGACAAUCGAGCGUCGGUUUUGGAUGUCAACGAUCUCGAUGAUUUUUUGAUCCAAGCCGAAAUGGCCGAUCGCGAAUUCAUUUCCGAGAAAGAACGGGCUGUCAUUCUGGACGAGACGGCUCAAGCAGCCGGAAAUGGCGACGGAGUAAUUCUGAAUGGCGACGAACGAGUCAAUUCAAACUUCAGUUUCAAAGAACUUUCUGUACCACGUCGACCCGCUUGGGACAAAACAACGACAGCUGCCGAACUCGAUCAGCGUGAAAAAGAUGCUUUCCUAGAAUGGAGACGCGGCAUUGCCGAGCGCGAAGAAGAAAUUUCGCUGAGGACAUCUACUGUAUCUUCGUUGGGAGUAACACCCUUUGAAAAGAAUCUGGAGAUCUGGCGUCAGCUGUGGCGCGUGCUCGAAAGAUGUUCCUGCAUUGUGCAGAUUGUCGACGCAAGAAAUCCCCUGUUUUACCUAUCACAAGAUCUGAAGGCAUAUACCACAAAGGAGCUAGGAAAGCCUAUGUUGCUCUUGAUCAACAAGAGUGACUACCUUACACCCGUCCAAAGAAAAGCAUGGCACGAAUAUUUUUCGCAUCCUGAUCACAAAUGGGAGCAUGUGUUUUUCUCGGCUCACGAACAGCAAAAGCAGGUAGACGAAGACGCGGCUCGCGCUGCCAAAGAAGAAGCAGAGGAAGAAGAGCGACAGCGACAAAAAGAAAUAUCUAUUCUCUCGAAAGAAUACGAUGAUGAAAGUGACGAUGAUGGUGACGGCAGCAACCCAUCCGGUAACAACAAGGACAGCAGCGACGAGAAAAAGGUGCGAGACGAAGACCUCGAGGAGGGAGUGAAAGAAAUAUCGCCCUCGGAUGGCCAGAUGAAGAACAUUGGUGUAGAUAAACCUCUUUCACGAGUUGAAUUGCUAGAUUGGCUCCAAAGUUUUGCCAACGCGAAUGAUUGUGCCAUGGAUCAGAAAUACAACCGAAUCCCAUUCGGGAUGGUGGGUUUUCCAAACGUGGGAAAGUCCUCUGUCAUCAAUGUUCUCAUGGGCAAUGCGAAAAAUGCACAUGGAGUAGUACGGGUGGGAGUGGCUGCUCAGCCCGGAAAGACAAAACAUUUCCAGACUUUGUUGCCACCUGAUCGCCCCGAAAUGCUCCUUUGCGAUUGUCCAGGUCUCGUGUUUCCGUCCUUUGUCAGUAAUACUGCAGACUUGAUCGCAGCAGGUGUGUUCCCAAUCGCUCAAAUGCGGGAUUGGAAACCCGUUAUGGAUCUGCUAUGCCAGCGCAUUCCUCGCGAAGUACUGAAUGCACAGUAUAGUAUCAAGAUUCCUUUGCCGACAGCGGACGCCAUAUAUGAAGCCCAACGAGUACAAGGCAGAGAAGAUAUUCGACUGCCGCCACCUACGGCCGACGAAUUUCUGACCACUUUUUGCGUGGCAAGAAGCCUCUUAGCAGCCUCAAGUGGGGUUCCAGAUUAUCAACGAGCGGCUCGUAUGAUCAUUAUGGAAUACGCAACAGGAAAAUUAUUGUAUUGUCAUUCACCGCCACAUUUUGAUAAAGAAACAUUCCAAAAGGAAACGAUUCUGCUGUCCUUACAAAAAACAAAGAAGCUCCGUGAAAAGUUUUUGGAAUCCAGUGAUGUUCAACUCCCUAAAGCCAAGGACGACUCUCAGGAUUCAAAAACGGAAGACCUGGACAUCGAGGAUGAUGACAUGUUGUUGGAGUUGUUGGGAGGUGCAUCAGUGUCAGGACAAGGUGGACAGAAUGACAAGAUGUCUGUAGGUACAUCAAAGAGGCAGAAGAAGUGGGGUAAGAAAGGAAGAAAAGGGAGAAAUAAAGACCCUUAUGGAUGCCAUUCAACACCUGACCAAACGCUAGGAGGACCCAACGAAGGACAAAUGGGAGUCUCUGUAAAAGGAGGGAAAAAGCACCAGCGAAAGAAUUACACAAGAGCUACAGGGUACGGAAGCACACGGGCAUAUCAGUAGAUUGUUUCAAGUAAUUUGAUGCUUCUUCACAUCUGCUUGGAAAGCAGUCCUAUUAAAAGAAUUUAAUUCCA